UGACUGAGUGUUGUGCGGAUGCGCUUUAUCUGAAACUUCGGAUGAAAGUCUGAGCGGGAUUCCAAGCAGUCCGGAGCCGAUAUGGCGAGUGCGUUCGGAGCUCAACUAGCGCGUUCGGCGAUCAGUGGGAUUUCGAUAUUUGACGUGCUCGCUAUCGACGAUUUGACCAUCGGAUUCAGAACUGGCCUCAAAUAUCUGGCCGAUUUCAGUGGCCAAACCUGGCCGCAUCGAUUGAAGUUCCUGUACGUGUAUUCGGAUGAGGUGGUGCUAGCUCUCGAAUUAUUCCUUCAAUAUCACCACCUGAAGAAAUACAACGCAUCAUUCGCUGAGAAGUUCUACGGUGUUGCCAGAGAUGGCAAAGUGAAGCUUCUGCGAACUCUGCUUCUGAUCACAGCUCUCCCGUACCUGAGCUCGAAACUCGAAGCUACGUUCCGACGCUGGAAAGACGAUGAGGCCGAGGGGACUCAAGCUCCAAAUGACAAACUCCGAAGAAUAUUCCUACGCUUCUAUCCAUAUUUUUAUUUUGUCACUCGCGGCUCAUAUUUCCUGCUGACGCUUUUGUACACACUAGGACGAAGUGAUUUCCACUGUAUGGAACUGUUUCUCAGCGGAAGCCGACUCGAACAAUUUGAUAAGGGCAAACACUAUCGUUUCUCGAGUCCGGUGGUCGGCUCGAAUUUGCUUAUUCGAUAUCUGUCAUAUACAAAGUAUAUAUUGUCAUCAUCGGCCGACAUUGGAAUCAAUGCAUUGGUUCUCGGUGCGCACAUACUGCAAAUGAUGGAAUUUUGGUAUCAGAACAAUGAUGUCAGUCCUUUCCAGAAAGGUUCGGUGGUCCCGCCUCCCCCCGAUGAGCUGAGUAGCGCUGUGUGCCAAUCGCAAGACCGACAUCUUCCGAAAGGCAAAUGCCCACUCUGCAAAGAGUCCGUCGUUAAUGAGACGGUUUUGACAACGAGUGGGUUCGCGUUUUGCUACACCUGUAUUGUCCGACACCUCAUCGAACACAAUACUUGCCCGGUUACUGGUUACCCUUCUACGGUCGAUGCCCUGAUCAAGGUGUAUCAGUAGGCCGGCGAUGAGUGAUUCUCGAUGUGGCGUUGGCUUCACCCCGAAGGGAAUAAAUUGAUUUGCUCGUAACAAAA